AGGAAGUUCAGACAGGACUCUAUUUCUUUGAAUGUUUUUACUGUGAUUCUGGUGGUGAGGUCCCCUUUUCUGUUUCUUGCACUAACAAUCCGGCGUGACGGGAGAGAGUGAGGCUUAGCUACAGCGCAAGGGAAAGUUCCUUUGAAGAUGGCGAUGUGUGAGCUGGGUUCUGCAGAUUGAGCAAGAGCCAGCCAUGGGAAGAACAGGGGAAAAGAUAUGCCUCGGAGAGGGAACAGAGAGUCCAACGCUUUGCAGGGAGGGAGAGCUGAGCGUGUCCUAAGAAGAGCCGGACAAAGGCCCCUGUUGCUGGCGGGUAAGAAGUAACAGGGAAAGGCGGGUAGAAUGAGGUCCUCUUUCUCAAGGAGCUAGGACUCGAAGCCACCUCUACAGAGCUCCAAAGGCUCCAUCUGGCGCCUCCCUGUGGCCUUCCCCCUCCCCCGACCCCACCCCUGGAACUCUGUGCGCCCUCCUGUCACCGCGGUCAUCAUUGUGAUGAGGGCUCCGCUCCCCUCGCGCUCCAGGCCAGGAGACAAGGGCGUGUCGCUGAGUGUCCCUCUCCCCGUGGAGGACGCACUUACGCGGCCCAGGCAGGGCACCCAGCAGGGGCCAUGCCCGUGCUGAUCCCCCAGGUGGAGCAGAGCCAGAACAAGCGCGUCGGGGCCCCGCAAUGGCGCGAGGAGGCCCAGGCCAAGAUGCUGGAGGCGCAUCAGCUGACGGCCCGCUGCGGGCAGGAAGCCGUGACCAUGUGGCAGCCCAAGGACAGCGUGUGGGACCCGAACGUGGCGCACCACCUGUGCCGGGCCGCCUACAUCUUGCCCUGGCGCUUCCACGUGGAGAUGCUCCAAGACGGGAGCACCCUGGAGAAGCCGCCGCCGGGCGAGGGCGUCACGCUGUGGAAGAGCAAGAUGAAGCCGCCCGCCUGGCACGCGCGCCUGCCGCUGCCCCUGAACCGCGACGCGCGCGCCCUGCAGACGGUGGACCUGGUGCAGGCGCACGCGCGUGGGUCGCGCCUCACCGCCGCGCGCCUGGGCCGCGCGCAGCAGCAGAUCAAUGGGCAGCUGCAGCUGCUGCAGCGCCAGCGCGACGCCACCGACCACCGGCUCAGCCAGGUGCGCAAGGGCCUGCUCAUCAACCACCAGAGCGUCAAGCUUCGGGGCUACCGGCCCGAGUCUGAGAAGAUCCCUGACAAAGCUGACAGCAUGCUUAUCUGGGAGAAAGAGGAGUUAAAGAGCAUGAAGAGGAAGAUGGAAAAAGACAUGGAAAAAUCAGAGGCUCUGCUCAAGGCCCUGGCCUCCUGCCGAGACGCCCUGGUCUUCUGCUGCAAGGAGAGACUCCAAGUUGUGGACUUAAUGAACAAACCCCUGGACAAGGUUCUGGAGCUGGCAGGCCGCCACUCCUGGGUGGAUCUCUCCCGCAUCCCCACCCCCCACACUCAGGGUCAGAAAACGCCGCCUAUAGACCCCGUGGGCUCGUACACACCAGAGUGCGCAGCGGCACUGAGCCAAGCCAAGCGGCUGCUGAUGGAGUCCAAGGACACCUUGCAGGAAAUGGCCAAGAACGAGGAGGAAGUGGGGGAGCAACAGCGGAAGAUCAGCGACAGCGUGUGCAAUUCGCUGGCCGUAAAGAUGCGCGAGACUACAGAGCUGAAGGAAAAAAUGAAUAUGUCGGUAGGCCUGAUGAGGGGGACCAUCCACCGGUGCAACAAAUUCAACCAGGAGAUGUACAUCACCCGUGGCCUCAUCAAGGGUCCUCUGUCAAAGUGUCACCUGGAGACGCGAGAGAAGCUGGACAGACCGCUGGUCCGCGUGUACCAGAGGCACGUGGGCACCCAGCUCCCGGAGCCCGGGCACCUCACCCUGGGCACUGACAAGCUGCAGCGCCACAUCUCGAACGUGGAGAAGAACCUGGAGGACCUGCGCUCCACGCACCGGAACCUCACCCGCAGCCUCGACUGCAAGAGGAUCGGGCACGAGGUGGACUACAACGUGGUGCGCCUGCGCCUCCGCCAGCGGCACCCGCACGUCAACUACCAGCAGGCGCAGAGCCUGGUCAACGACUGGAACCCGCGCACGCCGCUCAAGGCCGGGAGCCGCCCGCAAACACAGCCGCCAAAGCCUGGGACCCGCCUGCAAACAUUGCCGCCAAAGCCUGGGACCCACCCACAAAUACUGCCGCCAAAAGCGGACAGCAAGGCUGCCAAGUAGCAGGCGCACCCUCUAACACCCCCCCCCCCCACACACACACACACACACACACACCCUACCCCCAGGCAGGUUCCCCUGGGAAACUCUCAGCCUGGUGACCCUCCCUCCCCCUUGAGUCACCCUCCAUCCCUCCGAGCGCCCUCUAGCAGAAUUAUAAUUAAAAAGAACAAUAAUUGCAUUUA